GCCUACAGCGCCCUGCCCAUGUACUUGGGAGAGCUGGCACCCAAAAAUCUGAGAGGCACGUUAGGAACAAUGACGGAGGUUUUUGUCAUCACGGGAGUCUUCUUGGCCCAGAUCUUCAGCCUCCAGGCCAUUCUGGGGAAUCCUGAAGGCUGGCCUGUGCUCCUGGCAAUCACCGGGAUCCCAGCAGUCCUGCAGCUCCUCUCUCUGCCCCUGUUCCCAGAGAGUCCCAGGUACACGCUGAUUCAGAAAGGCGAUGAAGAGCAGGCCAGGAAAGAUUUAAGGAAACUGAGAGGCUGGGAGAAUGUGGAGGAGGAGAUGGAGGAGAUGCGCCUGGAGGACCAGUCCGAGAAAGCUGAAGGGCGCCUGUCCGUGCUCAACCUUUUCACCUUCAAGCCCCUGAGAUGGCAGCUCAUUUCCAUCAUUGUCCUAAUGGCCGGCCAGCAGCUGUCGGGGAUCAAUGCGAUCAACUACUACGCAGACACGAUCUAUGCCUCAGCCGGUGUGAAUCCCACACACUCCCAGUACGUGACCGUGGGCGCAGGCAUAGUCAACAUUAUAAUGACAGUGAUUUCAGCUUUCACUGUGGAGCUCCUGGGGAGACGCCUCCUGCUGAUGGUUGGCUACGGAAUAUGUGGCUCAGCCUGCGUGGUGCUGACGUUGGCUCUCAUCUUCCAG